AUGGCAACCUUCCUCCGCCUCUUGCGGGCGCCCGCUGCUAACCUCCGUAUCGCUGCUCCCCGUCUCAGCGGCGUAAGGGCCUUCGCUACGUCGCAAAUUCUCCGCCAGGCAACCGUCGCGGUGCCGACAAAGAGGCCGGUCGGUGCAUUCAGAGGAGGGCUCUUUGGUUUUCUCCUUGGAUCGUCCGUCUCCGGAGCUGCGGCUUACUUCUACCUCCUCGAGGAAUACAAGGUCUCCAAUGAGCUCUUGACGGAAGAUAUCGAUGCCCUGAGAUCAUCAAUUCAACGGAUCGAAGUCUACGUCCGCAGCCUGGAGGAGAAGAUCGAGGUCCAGGAGGCCAAGUCAAAGAAGAAAUAA